AUGCAGAAUCAUGUUACUGCUCAAGAUCGCUAUAUUUCCACUCUUGAGAAGUCCAUUGAUGAACUAUCUAAAGCCUCUGCAUCAUCCUCCACCUCUCCCUUUCAUGCGUUCAGUGAGCAAAAGACUGUUCAGUUUCUAGUCAAUGAAGUCAAGGCUAUCAAGCAACAAUAUUCCUCUUCAAAUCUAUGUGCUCUUCAAAAAAAGGUUGCGUCAACUGAUUCCAAACUUGACUUGAUCUUAGCAAAGCUAUCUGGUUCAAAUGAGAGGUCACCAGAACCAAAGGGGGAAAAGGCUCAACAGAACAGAGCAAUGUUAGCUGAGAAAGACAAGGAGUUGAUUCUUCAACAAGGGAUGAAAGAUCCAUCUCUAAAAGUUUCAAGAAGGAAAGAUGUCCAUUUCUCUAAACCGCUCAUCAUAUUAGAACCAACCACUCAGUCAAAGCCUCCUCACAGUGAUCCCAACGAUAAGGGAAAGGAAUUAGCUAAAGAAACUCAAAUGCAAAUAGAUGAAGAGUUAGCUAAGCAACUAAAGGCUAAGGAGUUAAAGUCGAAACAAAAAAUGCUUCAAAAAAGAAAUCUCUACAGAUCUCGACCGAAGAAAGGAGUAAAGGUCAUUAAGCCCACAAAUUCCUUCACACCUCCUUCAGACCUCACUAAAGAAAAUUGGGAUAUUCUUGCACCCCCGAAUGGUAUGAAGUUUAACUUAUGGCCAAGUGCAAUUUAUCCAGCUGAAGUUGAUUUAGACAUUGAAGACCUAAAGAAAAGAUUUUUUCUAAAGAAACCAAUUCAAGUUUUCCCUGUAUGGUCAAAAAUUAAGACUGCUUCAAUCAACAAGAUUGACAUACAGAAAUUUAGAAAAAUGCCAUAUGCGUUCUUUCAAGGAAGAAGAGCAGAAAACUAUGAGUUCAUGUUUUCAGAAGCUGAUUUCCCUAGAAUAAACCAAGAUGAUAUUAGAUCCCUAAUCAUUUGGUUGAAACAAAGGGUGAGUACAGAUAAAACUUAUGCAGAUGUUCUACAACGCCUAAGGCAAUAUGUGCUCGACAUGGUUAUUGAUUUCAGUGUUGACUGGGAGAUUGGACAGCUAAGAGAAAAGGAAUCUGAGGAACCAAAUGUGAAUCUGAAUAUGGAGAAUGAGUCAUCUGGGAACAUUCUAAAGAAACCACAUAGAGGUGUUGUAUGCUCUUCUAAAGGUCGACUGAAAUUCAUGAGAAUUUCCCAAAAACAUCUAUUAUCUUCUGAAUUCGUUGAAGGCAUCAUCGGUUUAUUGAAAAGAAUAGGAGAUCAAGAAGAAUUGCUGAGAGCGAAGAUCUUUGAAGAACUUACAUGGUUUUUGAGUUUUCGGCAAUGGUUAAUAAACUUGAGAAACAAAAUCUAG